GUCAGCAACACCAAAAGAGAAGAAAAGUGCAUAAAAAUGGCUGGUUUUGGAUUUUUAAUGAAAUAUAGUUUCAAGACUAUUGCAAUUAUUUCCGUUGUGAUUAUUGUUCUAGCUUCUGUUGUUGGAUUUUAUUUAGCACCGAUGUUAAUUGAUAUGAAUUUAAAGGGUUUAAAUCUAAAACCGGGAAGUGAUAUGCGAAAACUGUGGGAAAAGACACCAUUUCCAUUAACCUUCAUGGUUUACAUAUUUAAUAUCACAAAUCCGAUGGAAGUUGUUCAAGGCAAAAAGCCUCGACUUCAACAAAUCGGUCCUUAUGUGUUCAAUGAAUGGAAGAGCAAGAAUGUCAUAAGUGAUGACGAUAAUGAGGAUUCAGUGACCUUCGACUUAAUCAAUACCUACACAUUCCGACCUGAUCUAACUCAUGGAUUGACUGGAGAUGAGGUUGUGACAGUUCCUCAUAUGAUGUUGAUGGGAGGUCUAAUAGCUGCACAACGCGAUAGACCUGGACUUUUAGGCAUUGUCAUUCAAGCAUUCCAACAAAUCUUUGAACCAGAAGGUACGCCAUUCCUUACAACAAAAGUCAUGGAUCUUCUUUUUAAUGGUGUUGGAGUUGACUGCAAUCGUGAAGAUCUAGAAGCAAGUAUUGUGUGUCCUCAAAUAGCCAACGAGAAGAACAUCAAAAAAAUUAAUGACACAUACUUUACGAUUUCAUUGUUUGGAGAAUCAAACGGCACAAGCUUGGGUAAAUAUAAAGUAUAUCGUGGAGUUAAGGAUGUCACAAAAGUUGGACAAGUCAUAACAUUUGAAGAUAGUGAAGUAUCGAAGGUAUUUAAAGGAGAUUGUGGAAAAAUCAAUGGAACUGAUGGAACGAUUUUUGCGCCUUUCCACAAGAAAAAGGAUACUUUUUACUCAUUUUCACCAGUUUUCUGUCGAUCAAUUGGACCAGUCUAUAAAAAUGAAGCAUCAUAUAAUAGUGUGCCUACAUCAGUGUACAAUAUUCAAUUUGGUGAUUUCAAGAGCAAUCCAUCACAGCAUUGCUUCUGUCGAGAUGGAGAUCCUGAGAAAUGUCCACCAAAAGGAACUAUUGAUAACUAUGCAUGCAUGGGUGUUCCGAUGAUAAUGUCUAAGCCUCAUUUUCUUGAUGCUGACAGAAACUUACUUAAAGCUGUCGAUGGAUUGAAACCUAGCAAGAAGCUACAUGAUAAUUAUUUGCAGUUUGAAAUGCAAUCAGGAUCACCAGUAUCCGUCAAAAAUCGAAUACAGUUUGCAUUGCAAAUUGAGAAGAUUGAAGAUUUUGAUCUAAUGGCUAACAUGGAACCUGCUAUAGUUCCUAUAUUCUGGAUUGAAGAAUCAUUGGAUUUACCAGCAAAAAUAACGAACGUCAUGCGUUAUGGAAUAUAUUUAUUCCAAACAAUAAUUUCAAUCAUAAAAUAUUCGGGAAUAAUUAUUGGACUUAUUGGAAUAUUUUUUGCCGCAUAUCGAAGCUUUGAUAAAUCAGCUGGUACAAAAGUAAAUGUACCAAUCCCGGUAAUUGAAAAUCCACUUUCAGGAGUGAAUCUCCAGUCAAGAGCUAGUGCACAAAAGUACUAA